AUGGCACCUGCGAAAAGGAAGAGACCGCGGUUCUCAGCAGAUAAAUCCGUCCACCUGCUCGGUAGUCUGUCUGGGUCUCCAACGACGAACAGAAGACACACGACGCGACUUGAUCCUAUCCACGAUAUUCUACCGUCGCCUGAGUCGCGAAAGCGCUCCCGUCGAAGCGAACCAAUUCCACGGCGCAGGCGACCUCGUACUCGUCAAAACAAUCGCCAGCUAACAUCCGAGCCUGAUGAGCCCGAGCCCGAGCCUAGAUCCGAUAGCAUAGCAGAAAUCUUCGAGGAAGCGGAAUCGCAUAAGAGAUCACGGAUUGCCAGCGACUACGAACAUGCCGAAGAAGCAACGAGAUUUCAAAAUGGAGGGGAAGCACAAGAAGAAGAAGAAGAAGAAGAAGAAGAAGAAGAAGACGACGACGACUACGACGAACCCCCGCUGUUCGGUGAUCAAAAUGAGGCUGAUGAGGACGCGGCUGGACACCAACUAGGAAUGGAACUGAGCGCCGAAGAUGCCGAGGAAACGAAUACUUAUUCAAUUGACAUUCUCGGUGAAUACAACGACGAUGAAGAUGAAGUAGUUGGAUACCAUCUGGAGACGGAGAUGGACGACGAAAAUUCCGACAAUGAAGACAUUAAAUCAGCGACACCUCAGAAUGGGGAAGAGAACGAAUCGAUUGGCCUGUCUGAUCAUCAAAAUGAUGAAGAAAAUCUAGCCCGCCACCAGCUAGACAUAGAAAUGGACACCGGAGACGAACACGACGAAGAAGGGGACGAUGGAGGUGAUGGAGGUGAACAUGACGAAGACGGAGAUGAUAUGAACGAGAACGGCAGUAGCGGCCCUGUCCAAGGACAAGGAGAAGCAAACACAACCGAAGACUGUAGACUCCCCGGGAGCUUCCAACUGCCAACUAUCCACGCACAACUCAGCGUGCACGGAAAUACGGUCAACCGGAACCUACACCAUGCAGUGUUGGUGUUCAUGUCGACGAAGUCAUCGACUCAACUCAGAGUUCCAUGUCUCACGGCUACGCAGAGACCAUUGCUAGCGCUGAUGAAGAGGGUCGACAACAAUCCGUUCAGCCAGAUGAAAGGUCAGGCCCACAACAUAGCAACACCAGUGGCCAACUUUUCCGGGACUUAG